AUGUCAACAUCAUCUUCGGUUCCAAAGCCUGAAAUAACACGCGAUGCCAUAAUAUGCGACUGGAAGGUGACCAGAAAAAUUGGUUCAGGAGGGUUUGGUGCAGUGUACGAAGUAGAAAAAGAUGGUGUACGUGGUGCUCUUAAGACAGAGUUCGUUGACCAAACUGGUGAACGAAGUGAAACCCUCCGGAAUGAGGUGAUGCAGCUGCGAGUGAUGCAGUGGUCCCAACAUUUUUGUCGACUGUACUUAGCGUGUAGAUUAAGAUGUGGAAAAGAGAUCGUUAACGUGAUGAUUAUGAGCUUGGUAGAGCGCCCACUCUCUCGGCUUCGUCGAAUGACUCCGGAGUCUCGUUUUACCCGAUCUACAGCAAUAAGGUUAUGUCGUCAGUGUUUAGAGGCUAUCCACGAUCUCCACCGUACUGGAAUCCUGCACAGAGACAUAAAAGCUAGCAAUUUUGCGUGGUCCGCCGAGCGGAAGGUUUACUUGCUGGACCUCGGCUUUUGCAGAAGAUUUCUAUCCUUGACUGAACAAGGAGUGCGGCAUCGCGCUCCAAGGAAGAAAGUGGCGUUUUUGGGUACAAGCAAGUAUUGCUCACUGAAUAUGCAUAAAAAACUAGAUCAAGGGAGAAGAGACGACUUAUGGGCUUGGCUCUAUAUGACGGUCGAGUUUAUGGCUGGUAAACUGAUUUGGCGAAACGACGAGGAUAAAAUAAUCGAGAAGAAGAAGGAGAAGAUCGGGUCGAGGCUGUUGCUAAAGUGUCCUCAAGAAAUGUACAUGGUCUACGACCACAUUCGACACCUUGAAUUUAAUUCAAAGCCCAAUUAUGCUAUGCUCCGACGACAACUGGACAGGGUUUGUGCACGCCUUGACUAUUCCGAACAUCAACCAUAUGAUUGGGAAGAAGGCGGAUUUUAUCAUGCCUAUUACUUCAAGAAGUCUGACACGGAAAAAGACCUGACAGAGCAGGAAUCAAACCAAAUCGAAACCGAUAAUGCCGUUACGUGUGAAGAAGGAGCACUCUUCCCCCAGGAACUGGAAAUCGAAGAAAAAAGGAGUUAUUAA